AUGUCAACAUACAAACUUUAUUAUUUUAAUGUUCGUGGUCGUGGUGAAGUAGCUCGAUUAAUUUUUGCUGCGGCUGAUCAAAAAUAUGAAGAUAUUCGUUAUGAACGUGAAGAAUGGGUAUCACAUAAAAGUGAAAUGCCUUUAGGUCAAAUGCCUGUACUUGAAUACAAUGGUGUGAAAUUACCUCAAUCAGCAGCUAUUAAUCGUUUUCUUGCCAAUCAAUUUCAUCUUGCUGGCAAAGACAAUUUUGAUCAAGCUAAAGUAGAUGCUGUUGUAGAUACAAUCAAUGAUAUGAUAAGCAAAUAUAGACCAAUUAGAAUGGAACAAGAUGAAGCCAAACAAAAAGAACUUACUAAAACAUUUCUUGCUGAUGAAUUACCUAAACAUUUACAGAAUUUGGAAGGUUUAGGUAAAUUAUAUGGUAGUGGUGGUUCCUUUUUUGUUGGAAAUAAUUUAACAUGGGCAGAUUUAUACUUCUAUGAUAUAGCACAACAUAUACUUGAAUUGGAUGAAAAUAUAUUCAAUAAUUAUCCUUGGUUAAAAGAAAAUCGUCAACAAGUCGAAAAACAACCAAAAAUUGCUGAAUAUCUCAAAAAUCGACCUAAAACGUCACAUUAA